CAAGGGGGCGAUCGUGCGCUGACAGUUUAAGAAGAGGACGCUUCAGUGUCGGCUGUGGGCUGUGUGUUGUGGUGUUGAGUUUGAGUGGAGGAAAAGGGGAUAAAAUGACAUUUAGCCUGUUAUUAUCACGAGCUGUCCUGAACAGCAGAGUUGGUUCGAGGACCAUGUUCACAAGUUCUAAGCCUGACCUGAACAACCCAAACUGGAUCAGAGUGGGCCUUGCCUUGGGUUCAACUGUAUUUCUAUGGGGACUGCUUUUUAAACAACACCGCACAGACGUACACGAAUACAAAGUCCGGAAUGGCUUGGAAUGAUGCAUAAGAGCGAUAUGAGAGUUCAUAACCUGAUGAUUAUCAUAUGAUGGAGUUUUCAGAAAAUGCAAAGAAACAACUUUCAAAUAGUGUCAUUUUAGGGAAACACACCUUUUCAAUGAGAAGAAUCUACUUCAAAUAUUUGUUGUACAGUGUUGUCAUUUAUGACGAAUAAAUGUGUAUUGUUCUCUGGGUCA